CGCGACGCAGAGCGUGAUCUACGCCUGUAGGCAAACCACAGUGUAGUACAGUUCUGUGACAGGUUAGCAUCGGAAAAUAUCUCCGGACAGACGCGUCUGCGCACUGAUAUCUGCUGCCAGCGACGGCAGGGCGACACAGAAGGAUGGGGUCCCGAAUAAAGGAGAGCCCAGAGUCCACCUUUGAGGUGUAUGUAGAGGUAGCCCAUCCAGGCUCACACAGCUCAGGGCCAGAAGUGCGAAGGCAGUUCCCUGAGGUCUACACAGACCAGGAAACUCUUCAGACCUUGCCCAAGUUCUGCUUCCCCUUCAGCAUGGACAGCCCAACUGUCAACCAGGUUGGCCAGAACUUCACGUUUGUGUUGACUGACAUUGAGAGCAAACAGAGAUUUGGCUUUUGUCGACUGUCUUCAGGUGCACACACCUGCUACUGCAUUCUGAGCUACCUGCCCUGGUUUGAAGUUUUCUACAAGCUACUUAAUAUCCUUGCAGAUUACACAAUCAAAGGCCAGGAAAGCCAAUGGCAAGAGCUCCUUGUAUCACUUCAUUUGCUCCCCAUCCCUGAGCCAGGGGUCCCUGUUCAUCUCGGUGUGCAUUCCUUCUUUACUGUCCCUGACACGAGGGAACUCCCCAGCAUACCUGAGAAUAGAAACCUAACUGAGUACUUUGUAGCAGUAGAUGUCAAUAACAUGCUUCAUCUGUACGCUAGUAUGCUUUAUGAACGUCGAAUCCUCAUCUGCUGUAGCAAACUAAGCACUUUAACAGCUUGUGUACAUGGGUCUGCAGCCAUGCUAUAUCCCAUGCACUGGCAACAUGUUUACAUUCCUGUCCUGCCUCAACAUCUCAUAGACUACUGCUGUGCCCCAAUGCCCUACCUCAUUGGAGUGCAUUCCAGCAUGAUGGAGAGAGUUCGAGGGUUGGCUCUGGAUGAUGUGGUGGUCCUAAAUGUAGACACAAACACAUUGGAAACUCCCUAUAAUGACCUGGAAAGCCUGCCCAAUGAUGUGAUUGUGUCUUUAAAAAGUCGUUUGAAGAAGGUUUCAACAACAACAGGGGAUGGAGUCGCUCUAGCUUUCCUCAAGAGUCAGGCAGCUCUGUUUGGCAGCUACAGAAACGCUCUGCACAUUGAGUUGGGAGAGCCAAUAACUUUCGAUGAAGAAACAUUUGUGAAUCAUCGUACCAGUGCCAUGAGACAGUUCCUUCAGAAUGCUAUUCAGCUGCAGCUCUUCAAACAGUUCAUUGAUGGUCGUCUAGACUUGUUGAACUCAGGAGAGGGUUUCAGUGACAUCUUUGAGGAGGAGAUCAACUUGGGCGAAUAUGCAGGAAGUGACAAGACCUACCACCAGUGGCUGUUCACUGUAAAGAGAGGGGGUGGUGCUAUCUUCAAUACAGUAAAGACAAAGGCAAACCCAGCCAUGAGGACUGUUUACAAGUUUGCCAAGGACCAUGCAAAAAUGCGUAUUAAAGAAGUCAAGAGCCGGCUAAAGCAGAAGGAGCAGGCAGAAAAUGGUUUCUCUACAGGGGUUUCAUCAGUCAUCAAUGAUGAAAGCUCAGCUGGCAUUGUCUCCUCCCCCAGUGGAGUCAGGAGGGAGGGUCCAUUGCAAACCUGGGAUGACCACAGGGCAAUCACUGUGCACUUUGGACAGGCUCGGCCACCUGUGUUGUUGAAAAGACCAAAAAGCAAUCUGAGUCUGGAAACCAGCCUUGACCACCCUAUCCGUCCUACUCGUCACUACACUGUGUUUCUCUCUGAAGAUUCAUCUGGAGAUGAGCUCCAGUACGACAAUGACUCCAUCUCUGGGUUUCCUGACAGCUUUCUCUUCUCUGUUCCUUUUGAGUGGUCACCUCUGCCACAGCCAUACCACUCCCUGAAGGAGGUAGAGUUGAGAGAAGGGGAUGAUCCUAGUAUUGGGGCUGAGAGUCACACUGCUCCUCCCAGCCCAGUCAAUGAGAGGAUCUCCAAUGUCAACUUGCUUGGGGAUAUUUUCAGCUGCCAAGAUGAGCCUGACAUCCAACCAAUUACCUUGGCUAAAAGCCUUGAGGACCUGAGAACUCCCAAAGACCCUGGGGAGCUACAAGCUACGUUUACUUACCAGCGGAUGGACCUGUGUGUCGAUGAAAGCUCUCAAACAUUUCCAGGCCUCAAGCUCUCUAACCCUUAUAAUAAGCUAUGGAGUAUAGGGCAAUAUGAACCGACCAUGCCCAUUUAUGCACCUCCUACCUGUGAAACACGUGCAUUUAUACAACUUCCUGUGCAGACAGAAGCCCACUCCCCAAGCCAUGAAAGCUUUGGCCAGGGUUCUGACCCUUUCAAGCCUUCCACCCCUGGCAACAUUACUAUCCCACGUCCCCAUGGCAGAAAGACACCUGAGCUUGGUACUGUCCUUGCUCCCCCCAUGGCCCAGUCACGCUCGAAAGCAGCAGGAACUGGUGAAGGAAGGACUGCAUUUGGGGGGAAAGAGUUUAGGCAAGCUCUGAGUAUGACCACAGAUGGAGAACUGCUGAAAUCCACCAACAUAGCUGAGGGCAGUAUAGAUUUGAUAAGCCUGCUAGACCCCCUUAAUAGCUCAGCAAAGAUUGACUCCACUUCACUAAAUGAUGGGGGAUGCAUUGGCAUUUCGCCAUCGUCCUGCAAACCAACACUUCCACCUAGGUCUUACCCUCAGGGCUUACCUAUUUUCCCAAUGCAUCCUCACAUGUCACUUAACCCUUUUGUCCGAUCUCUGCAACCUACCUCCCCUCAAAUGCAUUAUUCAAUGACUGCAAGUAGUAAUCCCUUCAGUACAGUGUGUAGGCUUCCAGUAGGCUCUUACUUACACUCUCCACCUCAGCCACAGUCCCUUUCUACACCACCAGGGCUUUACAGACAGCAUUCGCCAAGCAGUUCAACUCUGCCACACAGUUAUGGACUGCUCCAGUCAACCUUCUCCUCCUCAGAAACUUCUCUGCUUCACUCCUCUGCCAGUAAUCAUGCCCUUUCCAGCCUGGCAGACUCCAUGUCUGUCUCCAGUACAGCUAUGAACAUGGUGGAAAAGCCUCUUUCUACAGAGAGAGACUGCCAGAAGACUCAGGAUCCUUUUGGGGACCUGCUGACUAUGGUCAAGCCAGCUACACCCCCAAAUAAGAAGGUGGAGGACUUUCGGAGGAGGUGGGAAACGUUUGACUAAAGUUUGUUGAGGUGCCCUUUCUGUCACUACACAAACUUUCCUCGCUAUUGGAACCAGCCAGACCUUCUAUUGCAGUUACUAACACAUUAGCUAUAAUACACUCUGUUCUGCUUACGAAACUCACUAUCAUUGAAGAAUUAUAGCUUUACCUGGCAUGUAACACUUGCUGUGGAAUGCAACUUGAAAGUUCUGUAAGAAUUGUCCUAAUCCUCAAUUCUUAAAUGUUUGUUUUGUAUUCAAUGUGAACUCAUGCUGGGUAAAUUAUGCCAUUAUGCAUUAUGCCAGUUUAACUUCAGGUUAUGUCACAAUUUAUGUACUUCAUCAAGCCAGAAAACAUUUUAUUAUGAAUUGUAAAGUAGAGACUACCAGAGAUAGUAAAUACAAUACUUAUAGGCAUCAAAAGCUAGAUGAAACUACUAGACAGGAAUUAUUAAGCUCACUGUAACAUUGAAGGGUAAUUCAGGUAGUAAGUAGUUGCUGUUGCCAACUGUAUUAGACUGCUGUGGCAAGGGGAGACAGGGUGUAUAUGGCUCUUAUGACCAUGUAUGUUUUUUUUCCAGUGCAAUCUGAGUUGAUGGUGCCUGAACAUCUUUCUUCUGAUGCUGUCCAUUUGGCCAUGGCAACCAGAGAAGCAACACAGAGGAAAACAAUGUUAAUUUUAAGAUCUUAAUUACUGAAGUGUAAAAAUUCUCAGGGUUCAUUAUGAAACUGCAGCAGGUCAAACACGGUCAAUACAUGGUCAUUCAAUGUCGUCCAAGACACGUUCACAUUGACACUGCUAAAGAGAGGUUGACAUAUGUCCCAAUCCACUUCCAAAUGGUCUGAAUGAUAGGAUAUUGUUUCAGUUGUGUAUGUGAGCAUAUACUUGUCCUCAGUGCAUCUUGGGUAUGUUCGCCUGUACUUAAAGGUCUCCAUUGUGAUCAGAUCAGUCAGGACAGAUGUUAAUUCCAGGUCUAAAUGGAAUCUCUGUCCGGUAGUUGCUGUGUCAGAGCUACACCUUGUCGCAAUCCAUCUGAAGUUUAUCAGCAAUAUUUGAGCAACAGCCUUUGAAUCUGGAUUCUUUAAUUAUCUCUGAAUGUAGUAGUUUACCUUAUUAUUUGGAAGUCUGCCUUUAUCUUUGUGAAAUUAAUAUUGUACAAACACAAAAGGGAUUCACAGGAAACUAUAGAUCCACUGGACAUGAUGCAAAUAACAACAGUUGCUCAUUAGUGCUGUUUUACCGUGUAAAAUGUCUUUGUUAACUGAUAUAGAGUACCGAAAUGAAAUGUCUCAGCACAGUUGUUGCGUAAUGUACAUUAAAUUUCCCCCAAUGAAUAAUAAAGACAAUCUCAUACAGA